UUGCCUCCUUCGGUUUCGUCCGGAGAGGCGGUGGUCGAAGGGUGCAAGCCCAACGACGAAGAUGUAGCGAAGGAGAUAACGGGCGCGAUGCCCAUGGAGGUGGCAGCCGAAUUCGCGCGGCCUUUGAGCCUGGACACGGACUCGAGCGAGAGUGGCUCUACCGUGAGGAGCAAAAAGCUCUGGAGAAGGAAGUCGCAAACAAGAAGCAGCUUUUCGCAGCUCAGUCUGACCAGCGACACCGAUGAACCGGCGCCGAAGACGCAGGCGAUCGACGGCAGAAUGAGAGGACGCCCGCCCUCAGUGGGCAAGUACGUCGGCCUCAAGAAAGCCCAGUUGGAGCGUGACAGGCUACAACGGGAAGCCGGCGCGGAAAGACGCAGAGAAGGAGCUGGAGGACCAGCUGCAAUUUAUCAAGUCGCCGGUCCCCCAGAAUAUCAGACACCGAAGAGGACCGUCCAGUACUCAAGGAAGACCUCCGCACUUCCCAGAAAGGCGCUUAACUGGGUCACGGACAAGAUCGUGAAGUACGUGGAACAGCCUGAGUCCGCUGUCAUUGCGCGCCUCGAGGAGGAAAUAAAGAAGUGGCAGGAACACAGUGCCCGUCUUGAAGCCAACAUGAAGGCCAUGAAGGAGGAGAAUGCCACCCUAAAACGACGCCUCGAAGACCUGGAGGCGUCCGCAAACAAGCAGUCGACAGAGGAGAUGCUGGCGAUGGUGGAAGCGAGGGUCCAAGCCAGGCUGGAGUCGGCCCUGAUGGGGCCAGCCCAAAGGCCCACCCUAGCCCACGAAAGAAGAACCGCCACCGGGGACACACAACUCCCCGUGACGAGCGGAUACGUAGGAGGGGCGCCGAACCCAAAACCGGCCAAAGGCAAGGGAAAAAGGAAAGAGAAGGGAGCAGCCCAACCCGCUCCCGCUCCCGCUCCCGCCCCCCUCCCUGCUCCAGUCGCUGGGCCCUCCAGCGCGCCGCCACAACCCGUCGCGGGUCCCUCCACGGCCCCGGCGACUACGACGGCAUCGACGGCAAAGAAGACCCAGGACCGAAGGAGAGAGACGCCGAAACAAAAGCCCCAAAAGGGCAAGAAGAACGGACCGCCUCCAGCCCAACCCGCUCCAGAGCCCCGCGUGCUGCCGCCAGCCCCGGCUAACGUGGACACGCCGUGGGUCGAGGUGGUCAGAAGAAAGAAGAAGGGGAAGCCGGCAGCAGCGCCAACAAACAGCACGCAGCCGCCGAAACCGACGCGCCGGAAGGAGCCAAAACUGCGGCCGCCACGUUCUGCGGCCGUAGUCAUCUCUCUCACACCAGCAGCAAUUGCGAAGGGCCUAACUUACAAGAGCGUCCUGACGGACGCCCAAAAUAAGGUAGACCUCACCGGCCUUGAAAUAAGCAAGAUGAGGCCAAAGUUUGCGGCCACGGGCGCCCCAAUGUACGAGGUGCCCGGGGCGAAUUCUGAAGAGAGGGCCGACUCCCUCGCCGCAAGGCUGAGGGAGUGUUUCGCGGGUCGGAAGAUAUCAAAAUCUCCCGGCCCACGAAGACCGUGGAACUGCGGCUAA